UGUUUGCUGUCUGCACACGUAAGGGUGUAUCGGUCAGAGCUCCAAAGACAUCUGAAAUUAAGUUAAUUCAAGGUUAAAGUAACUUAGACACUGAUCAGAAGAUCAUGGGCUCUCAAGAUCAUUCACCAGGGAACACAACAGCAAACCCGGACACAGACUACCUCAGCCUACAAAACAGGACAUCUGACGUGACCAGCCCUAUAACAUGGCAACUGAGAAGCAACAUUGGACCCAGGCCAGACUGGUUGUUGUACACUCUCCCUGGUCUUGCUUUUCUAAUAGGAAUUGUUUUGUUUCUUUUGGUCGUCAAAACCCACAAGAGAAGGACAGGUGGAUAUCACCACAGGGGCAUGAAAGGAUGUUCUUCUGUUAAGCAAACAAAAAAUGAUGAUAUGGGACAUACUUAUUUGACCAAAGCUGAUACCCAGUCAUAUGAAAAUGUACUGGCAGCUAUUUAUAGCAACCAGGAGGGAGUGUGUUUCUAUGUACAAGAAGAUGAUGACUAUGUUAUCCCUGAUGGUCAAGAUGAUGCAGCAGAGAUGUUUGCUCAGAAUCCAAAUUCUCUCAAUCUACCAGACACUCUCACAGAAGGAGAAUCUUAUGAGAACAUGGAAGGACUAUAUGCUCAACCUCGCAAAAGACAAAACAAUGGCCUGGAGGAGGAUGGUGAGGAAGAACACACACACACACACACACACACACACACACACAAUAUUAUUGUCAAUUUUUCCCCCACAGAUGAUUACCUGGAUCCUGAUGCAGAGAAACAGCAGUGGCAGGGAGGACUACAUUCACAGGAACAGACUGACACUGAUUCAUAUGAAAACAUGGACCAACAUUUUGCAGUUCAUCAAGAAGACAGUGAUGAUUACAUAAAUCCUGACACAGAUCAGGGGCAUUGUUCCGGACUGAUGAGCUACCCUCAGGACAGCGGGGAUUACUACACUGAAAAUUCCUAUAUGACCACGGAAGACAAUCUUAUGGCACCCAUAGAGGAUCGAGAGUGGGAUUAAAGGUAUUGCAGAGAUCCAUGGUGAUGAAUUGAGGGGAGAUCUGUUCCAGUGGAGCCUCAGAAUGAGACAGAAUAAGAAUAACAGUUAUCAACAGAAGGACUCAGAUUUGAAUUGCAUGGUUUACUGCUUAUAAGCAAUUCAGGAGUUGCAUUUAAAAAAAUAAAAAUGUGUGAGAAACAGGAAA